AUGGCCAUCUCCGCAGACUUCCCCGGUGUGACCAUCAGCAUCAGGAUCAACAAUCGCAAGCUCACCGAGUAUCGCGACGCCGACAUCCAAGAUCCGCCACGAACAGUCAGCUAUAUGAUCGAAGCCGUACCCGAUUCCAUCUUCUCCAUCCACGCUCAUGCCAGCCCUGAAGCCACCUUCAGAGGCUCCUCCCUGUCGUUCCACUUUUACGCUGAUGGCAAAUAUGCCGAUGGCACGCUGAUCGACGCCAGUCAGGGCAUCGGAGGCCAUACCGAGAGUAGAGGACGAUAUGUGCGAAGCGACAUGUUGAGAAGGUACCAGUUCGCUUCCCGUGAGAAGCAGAUCGAAGUCAUCGAAAAGCAGAGCACCUCGCUUUCCUCCCGUCCGCGCGCCUCCAAGAGAUCAACGGAUACGCCUCAGGUGAGCUAUACGGGUUACCAUAGCGUUGGUAUCGAUUCAGCCGCGCCCACUCCCUCCGAAGAACCACAGCCUACCCAAACAUAUUUCGACAUCGGCAACGAGGAUCACCGAGGCAACGUUCGUCGCGAGGCAUACCGUAGCGUCGCUCACGCUGCGUCCAAGACAUACCACAGCGUUGCACGUCCCACUUCCGAGACUCUCAAUGACGCUUUGAGUUCCUCCCCCGAAGCUCCGCCAAAUGAAGCAGAUCUUCCUUUUCGCAUGUUCGCUCAAGAGCCUCCACCUGUAGGCGGAGAUGCCAACGUCGCGCGUGGUCCAUUUCUGGGAACAUUGGACCGCUUGCCCAACACCAGACAGCCAUUCGCAAACCGACGCCCUGACCUUAAUUACCGACCCCCAUACACGGAUAGAAGGUUUGGCGUCCCACUAGACGGUACACCACUGGAGGUAAAUGACCAGCCUUUAGCAGGAGAAGCGACACCAGGACGACCCGAGCCCGUUGGACAGGACAGUAUUGCAUUCGACACCGCCAAGGAGACCCCAGCUGCUGUCGCUGCCCUCAGCACCACCAAAGACGCUUCCAGCACCACCACUGUCGGCUCUGACUACACUACUCCAGAAGAAUUAGGAACCCUCAAGAUCGUCGUUUGUCAUGUCAACAAGAAGGGAGUUGUCGCUUUCGGCCGGAACGCUUCCACCACUGCUGAGAUCGCCAAGGAAAAGCAGGAGGCUAUCAAGGAGAAGUCCGGCGGGUUCCUUGUGAGAUACACCGCUCCUCAGACCGUCUCGCCCGUCACGACCUGGGAUGUCGGAGCUCUUGAGGAUGAUAACGGAGACAACUCCAUGACCUAUAUCUUCCAUUACCGGACACGCGAGAUGCUCGAUGCGCUGGGAGUUUUGUCCAAUGAUCCCAACGUGAACCGUGUCAAGCCACCCGUUGAUGGCGAAUGGGGACCAAGAGAUGGUAGUGCUGAGACCAUGGCUGACGCGGGUGGUGCUACUCGGCGCAAGAGCAAGGUCGGCCAGGCGAGCGGAUCGCGGGCGAAGAAUGUUGCUUUCGCACAUGGAGGAGCCGGUGGAGAGGCUGUCGUCAGCAAGAGAGAGGCUGAUGAGGACUGGGAGAUGGUGGAUGAUGACAACACCGAUGCUUGA